ACACACACACACACUCUCCCACACACACGCACGCACGCACACACGCCCUCCAACCCUGCCAGCCGCCUCGCAUCCAUUUCACACUCUCCCGUUCAUGUUUAUUUGUUUAUGUUUAUUUAUUCUCCAUCCCGGAAAAUAAGAACACGCUGGAAAAGAAACGGAAAAAAAGAAGACAACAACAACAACAACAAAAAAAAGGAUUAUUAUUUAGUUCUGAAUGACGGGCGGCCGGUUCGACUUCAACGAUGGCGGCACUUACUGCGGCGGCUGGGAGGGAGGGAAAGCGCACGGGCACGGCGUGUGCACGGGGCCGCGCGGCCAGGGCGAGUACAGCGGCGCGUGGUCUUACGGCUUUGAGAUAGUCGGUGUGUAUACAUGGCCCAGCGGUAACACGUACCGGGGCUACUGGGCGCACGGCAAGCGGCACGGGCUCGGCGUAGAGCGCAAAGGACGCUGGGAGUACCGAGGUGAGUGGAGUCACGGGUUCAAGGGCCGUUACGGAGUCCGCCAGACCCGGGAGUCACCUGCCAGGUAUGAUGGCACCUGGAAUAACGGACUGCAAGACGGAUACGGGGUGGAAACCUACGAGGAUGGGGGUACAUAUCAGGGUCAGUGGAUGGGUGGGAUGCGUCAUGGUUACGGCGUGAGACAGAGCGUCCCGUACGGCAUGGCCAUGACCAUUCGCUCCCCUUUGCGAACUUCUUUAUCAUCUCUACGAAGCAUGCAGAGCAACGGUGCUGUGCUGCUGCAGGAUGAGGCGUCCAACGUGCCAGCCAACACACGAGGUGGCUUCGUCUUAAAUGUCUACGGUGAGAAGAAAAAACAGCCUUUGGUCCGGCGUGGGUCGUUGUUCGGGAGCCUUCGUCAGCUCAGGAAAUCCGAAUCGAAGAGUUCGAUUUCAAGCAAACGUAGCUCAACACGUAGUUCCGCCAUGAGCCGAAUCAGCUCAAGCGACGCCGAGGACGAGGAGAAGACGGACACAGAGGACAAUGUAGACACCGAGGAGAAAAUGGACGCCACAGUCACCGAGUCCUAUGCAGGCGAGUGGAAAAAUGACAAGAGAAGUGGUUUCGGCGUGAGCGAACGCUCUGACGGCACCAAAUACGAAGGGGAGUGGUUGAUGAACAAGCGGCACGGAUACGGCUGCACCAUUUUUCAGGACGGAACCCGGGAAGAAGGGAAGUACAAAAAUAACGUACUGGUCCGAGGGAUAAAGAAGCAGCUCAUUCCACUGAAAAAUCCCAAAACCAAAGAGAAAGUGGACAGAGCCGUGGAGGGAGCGAAAAGAGCAGCCAACAUCGCCAGAAGCAAAGUGGAAAUCGCCCUCUCAAGGACAGCCCAUGCCAGAACAAAGAGUGAAUCAGCAGACCAGGCUGCACUUGCUGCUGACCAGGAGUCAGAACUUGCAAGGUCUAUAGCAACAGAAUUAGCUCCUGACUUCCAGCAACCAGGCCUUGAGUACAUCAAGCAAAACUUCACAGAGCAUGUGGAGGAAGUUAAAGACGCUCCACCACAGGAGGAGACGAAGAAGGAGGAGAAAGAGCAGUCUGUAUCAGGCAGUCCUUUUUAUCGCCGCGGCACGACUCCAUCACACUCGCCUGCCCAAAGCCCGUCUCCCUCACCACCGUUAUCACCAACAAAGAAAAACCAACAAGCAAGUACCGGUGUGACACGAAAGAUUAGUAAAGAGAGCGCUACGGCAACCCGCAAAAUUAGCAAAGACAAUAGCGCUAUGUCCCAUAAGGUUAGCAAAGAUGAAAGAGCCACCAUUGUAGCUGAAAUGAGCAAAGUUCCUACACUCAAAGUUCAAGAUACUGCACCACCAAAGCCGCCCAAGCUCAACGAACCAUCGGUAAACGGCCAAUUACACACUGCUUAUCAUAGCUAUUACGUGAAAACUCAGAAGAACAUCCCUCCACCAGAAGAACCGGAGGAGGAAGAGCCGGAAAUGACACAGUCCAGUUUAGCUCGAAUGCCACCACCUCCGAAGCAGGUCCUGACACCCACGCCAAAACUAGAGACAAAGCUCAGGAAACAAGAUAGUAUAAAACCAAAGAGUCUCGCAGAAACCAAGAAAGCCAGCAUGGAGCUCACAAAUGAUGUGUUAGAAGAUGAUACGGGUCUGAAUUCUAUUUUAGUUGCCAUGGUGAUGCUCUUGAAUAUUGGAUUGGCCAUCAUUUUUGUACACUUUUUGACAUGAUUGCGCUGUGUUUCAGUCAUGGAAAUAACACAGUGUUACAUUAAACUGGCGCUGGUCCUUGGCCGUGGGAGCAACAGAGGAAGUUUUUUGGAAAAUAAGAACGCCUUCGGAGGACGACGUAACAUUUCACGGCUCAUUUAGCCGUGUGAAAGACUGACUGUUCAAAAUAAAAAAAAUAAUAAAAAAAGAGAGAAAGAAAGAAAUGCAACAAGAAAAAAAAGGAGAGAUGUGUGCGUGAGAAAGAGUUUAGGGUGUGCUGAGCCGAGCUGGUCGAUCUGUGUGGAAACGUACGGUGCACUUUUACAUGACGGGCACAGACAGCUGCCUCGUUUCUUUCCCGUCUGACGUGUCGGGUUCGGAGAUUUAUGCUCAGUGCCAGAGGAAUGUGUUCAGUGGACUUUCCACGCUGGUCAGAGAAAAACGAACAGCACCACAGCCUCCAUCGCCAGUCUUAUAACAUUACAUAAGCAUCACUGUUACUACGGCUAGGCAUGUGCUCCAUAUAAUCACAGAUUUAAAAAAUAUUGCUAUGACUAUUUAAUCACACCUUAUUAUUUAUCAGCGUGUAUUCUCCAUCCUUUACCCAAGUAUUCCACCUUAAAAAAAUAUAAUAAUAAUAAUAAUAAAAAUAAAAUUGUUAAUAUUUACUGAUUAUUGAAAUAUUAAAUAUUAUUAUUAAAUAUUAAAAUAUUAUUUUAACUGAUUAUCAGCACAUGUCUAUCUGUAGGAACGGGCCCCAUUUCAUUCGUUUUUUUUCUCUGUUCUCCUCCAUCGCAGAUGUAUUUUACUUCUCCCUAGUUUUUUUGUGAAACUUUUCGAAAAGAAGUUCUGGUAGUAAAAUGUGCAAUAUGAUUGAUUAUUUUAUUUUUUCAAAAUGAUAUAUCCCACCAUCCAAAGCUAGCGGCUCGCUUUGUUCCACUGAGAACCACGAUUAAAGACGGAGAGGACUGCCUACUGUAAUACGACUCGCCAUGCGCACAGCCACAUGGGUGAAUAUUGUUUACUAAAAUGUAAAGGAGGUGAAAAUGUUUAUGCUGUAUGUAUUUGUGAAUCGAGCGUUGCUCAUCGUGCAUGCAGUUUCUUUGAUUUGGUGCGUUCACGUUCAGGCAAAUGACUAGGCACGUGCCGAUAAUCGGCGAAAACAUUUGAUCACGGCUUACACGGUAUUCAAAAAUAAUCACAACUCCAGUUUAUAUCGUCCUUCUGAAUGAGGAGUUUUAUUAUUUGUUGUUCAGUAAUGAUUGGGAACAAAUCGAAUCAAUUCGGCUCAUAUCGGAUGCAUCAAAUAUCGGAUCGUUGCCUUAUGAAUCGAAAUUGUUCCUCAGAUUUUUGUUUCGUUUUGUUCGAUUGUUUAUUCUCUUUUUUACACCAUUCACACAAAUAUAAAAGGCAACCUUAAAAAAAAACGUAUGAAAUAAAAUAGGGACAUAUCCAAAUGUCUGAAACAAAGUAUCAGCACUUCUAUUGACGCUGUUCUAAUAAUAAUAAUAUCGGAUUGUAUCAUAUAACCGAUUAUUGGCACAUGCCUACAAGUGAGCAGUGAGAAGUAGAUGAAAAAUUAUUUUUAGUAAUGUUUUAGGUUAAAAAAAAAAAUAAAGGUCUGAGCUUUGUUUGCAUGUUAGAAAACAAAAUAUUCAAAAUUCUCUGUUUGGUGUUGAAUUAACCCCUUCAGACCUGCUGUAUUAAUUACAAGACAUUGUUGCCAAUCUAAGAUUUCACACUUUUUAGAAAUAUUUUUAAUGGUAUUAAACAGCCGAAACAUGUUUACUACAAACGAUGACAUUUUCUUACUAUUGUCUUAGUUGCUACAUCCCUUCAGAAUGAUGAUCCGGUGAUGCUUACUGGGGCAAGGUUCACUGAGAUAUAAUAAUCCAUGGAGUUGGAUUGAUGCAUUGAGACUGAUUAUUUAGUGUAGCUGCUCUGUAAAAAUAAUUCAGAUUUAUACACUGAUUUUAUCAUCCAGACAGAUGAAUGGCCCUUUUACAUUUUCUCCCCAAUUGGGACAUUAAGUCCCACCCACUACUACACCAGCAGCCAAUAGGAAGGGUGAAGGCUAACACAUGAUAUCUCUGAAACACAUAAAGCCAGCUAAGAGCAUGUUUUUAACUACUGUGCAUGGGAUCUCCCAGCAUAACACUCUCGUAGGAGAGAGCUGUCAGCCCUCUUCCGCAUAUUGACCUCACAGACGUUCCUGAUUGGCUAGUGUCGCUGUUGAUCAUCUUCUGUUACAAAUUCAAGGUGGUAAUGAUUGUGAACAAAAUUCAUUGAUUGUAAUCGAAUCGAAUCGAUUCAUCAAAUAUUGAAUCGUUCUCUUAUGAAGUGGAAUCGUAUCGUAUCGUGUGUACGCCUGGGAGUUCGCACCUUUAUUACCCACUAAAUAAUCCGCUUUUCUACAUUUUCGAAAUGAAACUUCAUGAGUCGUGUAAUGGCCACAUGGUGUGAAGGGGUUAAUUCAUGUAGGUGAUACAUUGAACAGCAGAUGUGUUGAGUCUUUAACUACUGUUUACCUCAGAGGAAUGCAAAAGAAGAAAAAAGGGAAAAAAAGAAGAAAAAAAAAAAGAAACAGGUCUUGUCUUAAUUCUUUAGUAAGGGAACACUACAUUGUGCCAUUGUUUUGCUUCAUUAUUGCUGGCACAGAGUGGUGAUUUGAUUGGACUUUGCAUUUAUCAUUUCAUAGACGAACGUAUUUAUUCUAUAAUUCGCAGUGCAUCCGUAUUCAAGACACGACUGAAAAAAGGGCUUACAUAGGCUAGGCUUCCUUUUUAUUACCGCUUCGCCGUAAUUUAUUUCAAACACGCUAUGUAGUACCAUUAAGUCCGAUAUCUGACCGCGGCUGUCUGCUGAGACGUACAUGUGCUACAGUCCAAUCCAAGUGCACCGCCAAACAUAUCUGCAGUUUUACUCAGUUGAGUCUGGAGAAUCGAGAUCUUUCGAGCUUUAUUCUACAUCAUCUAUUCUGUGUAUGCAACGUUUGUUACUUUACUCACUAGCUUCUCAGAUUAGGCAAAAAUGCAGUGCAGGGAUAUUGAAUAAAAUAAUGUGCCUGAAUAUUAUUGAUCAUGAUGAAUAGUACCAUUGAUGAUAAACCUAUAUAAAUAUAGCUUUAUCUAUAUAUUUAUAGCAGAUAUAUAUAUAGGAGGUGAAUUAUAUAUAUAUAUAUAAUUAAUUAUAUAUAUAAUUCUAUUGUAUAAUAUAAAUUCUGUUAUAAAAAAUUAAAAAAAAGUUUACAAAAAAUAUAAAAAUAAUGACUAUACUAAAUUUUCAGACUACAUAUGUACAGAAAAGAAAAAAAUAAACUAUUUUUAUGGUGUUUUACAUAUCGAAAUCAAGCAUUACGUGGUAUCUAUUUUGCCGUUUUAUUUUUUUUUUUAAAUCAUCUUUUUUUUUUUGUGAGUAUGUGUCAUGCUGCAAAUCUAUUGCAAUGUAUAUGGCCUCUGUUCAUGUUUUCCCAGUCGAUUUAUUAUUUUACAGACUAAUCAAAAAGGGCAGAAUUAUUUUUCUAAAAGGAACAGCUAUUGCACAAAAGAAAACAAUUUAUAAACAACAGUUUUACUCUUUUUACAAAGCCUAGUCCGUAACCCACGUUGGUAUUUUUCUAACGUUUUGCACAUUUAUUUUAGGGGUGAAUGACUUGAUAAAUAAUCAGUUGUGUCACACAAUUCUGAUAAUAAUAAUAAUAAUAAAAACAUAAACAUUUGUGAUUCAACUGAUUAAUAAUACAAUAAUGCAAGGAGCCUUGACUGUAGGUAUAUUCUACCACUGGAAGAGCAGAAAGGGACGACUUUAGGCAUUUGAAGCAUAUUUGAAGCCCCAGUGACGUUUGUACUCUGGAGAAUGUAAAGAAAUGAUCUGUGUAUAACAAUAAAAAUGUUAUGCAUCAAA